UAUUAAUUUUUAGCAUACGGUCUCUUUUUAACCUGGUCACUUAGUAUUUUAACUUUCGUUUUCCCUCAGGCAUUUAAAAAUCUGGAUUCACAUUGGCUUUGAAUAGAAAUUUUUGUGCCUUGUUCUGUAGCACAAUACACAUAUAAAAUUAUAAAUAGAGUAAUAUCUAGAUACUAGGUCUUAUUAAAAUAUAUAUUGUAAUGUCAUUGUCACACACACCAGCAGCGGUUGUAGGCGUGGGAAAUCAAAAUCAAGAACGUCAGAAUCGCAAGAUAUUAGAGCAUCUUAAAGAACAGAAAAAAAGAUUGCAGCAUGGUCAAAACAGCAGCUCUAUAAGUGUUCCCCCUGUUCCUAUUCUCACAAGUACUCCUGCAAUGGUGCCAGCUGGUCUUUCAGCAUCCGAGUAUGCACAGCAAAGAACAGCAUUACAGCAUGCACAUGCAAAUUCUGUGGGAUACUUCAUAACACAAGAUUCUGCUUUUGGCAACUUAAUACUCCCCGUUUUACCUCGUAUGCCAGAAGUGAAGCCUGAAGUAAAAUGACUGGUGUUUUCAUGGUGUCAUUGUGUUAAUUGUAGUAUAAAUGUAUAUAAACAAUAGUUAUUUCAUUAUAAUAAAAUGUUUCA